CUAAAAAAAUACACACACACACUUUUGCUUUAUUAUUUGCAGGCAAUGGGUUAAUUCAUGUCCACACUUUCACUUAUCUUCUCAAAUCAACCUCAUCACAUCAUCAUCUCACUUUUUCAUUUUUCACCCUAAUUCUCUCCCUAAUCAAAUUAAACUCCCUUCUUAUAUUUGUUAUAUCAAAAAUUAAAAAUAAUAUGGAGCUAGAUGAGCUUGAAGAGGAGCAAGAAACUGAAGGAGCAUCAGGCAGUGCGGCAAUUCAACUUCCUCCACCAAACUACGGGAAAACCGGAAAAUACCGGUUUCGAGAGUGCUUAAAAAACCACGCUGUGGGAUUAGGCGGUCACGCCGUGGAUGGAUGUGGUGAAUUCAUGGCAGCUGGCGAUGACGGUACACUAGACGCGCUAAAAUGCGCGGCGUGUAACUGUCAUCGCAAUUUCCACCGAAAAGAAACCGAACCAGCUCAUCAUCACGUCAUCAAUCCACCACGCCCAAUUAACAACAAUCAUCAAUAUCUAUCCACCACACCAUAUAAUUAUAAUAACAAUUUCCAUCACCCAGCACAAGUUAGACCCUCGGGAUAUUUACAAAUAACACCCUCUUCACAACAGCGCCCACUAGCGCUGCCGUCUACAUCUAGAGAGGAUCUAGAUGAGAUAUCUAACCCUAGCUCUAGUGGCGGCGGCGGCGGCGGUAGUGGAAGUGGGUCAAGGAAAAGAUUUAGGACUAAAUUUACUCAAGACCAGAAAGAUAAGAUGUUGGGUUUUUCAGAGAGUUUAGGAUGGAAGAUUCAGAAACAAGAUGAGCCUGCUGUUCAACAAUUUUGUGCUGAAAUUGGUGUUAAAAGACAUGUUCUUAAGGUUUGGAUGCAUAAUAAUAAGCACACUAUUGGGUAAGCAAAGGAAUUAAAUGUAGUGAGAGAAAAAGAGAGGGGGAGAUGACGAUUAGUAAUUAAGAAGAAGCAAGAAAACGAAUUGAAUGAAGAAGACGUGUUAGACAUGCAGGGAUACCUUCUGUCAACUUCUCCUUAAUUUCGUUUAUAACUCCAUUUUUAGCUUUACAUUAUCUUUUUGUAGCUACUUCUCUUUUUAGCAUACACACCUUGAAUUAAAUUCUGAUUGAAAUUAAUUUUAUUAAGUGAAUUUUGUUGAUUCGGAGAAGAAGAUGGUGAUGAUGGUGAUGUG